UCUUUACUUCCGGGUCACAGUCCGCCCCAGCCCCGGCUCCCCUCCCGGCGCUGCUGGCACCGUGGGAGAGGCUCCGCGCCGCGUCCCUGCCGCUGCCCGCGCCCUCCCCGCGCCCUCCCCGAGGGUGUCCGGGCGCGAGGAGGCUGUCGGCCCCUCUCUCUCUGGCUCGCUCCACCGUCCGCCUCGCUCGGCAGCCCGCGAUGUCGUCGUAGCAGCCGCCUGGCUGACGAGUCUGGCUGAACGGGCGGGCGGGCAGGGCCUGGUCCCCCUUGGGAAAGAUUUGGCUCCCAAUCCAGGGCGUCGCAACGUUCCACGGGCAAUCCGAACCUCGCUAAAGACUGGGCGUUACAGCAGCAUGCCUCCGUGUCCCCGGGCCGCCCAGCGCCAUGCAGGAGGCUCCUGCCCCGCCCGCCGCACGGCCCCGCGCCACCGGAUUUGUCCUCGUGCACGCAGGAGCAGGCUUCCACUCGGAGGCCAAAGCCAGGGAGUACAAGCAGGUGUGCCGCAGGGCCUGCCGCAGGGCGGCUGAGGAGCUGCGCGCCGGCGCGGGCUCCCUCAGGGCGGUGACGGCCGCGCUGGUGGAGCUGGAGAACUCCCCGCUCACCAACGCGGGGACGGGCUCGAACCUGAACAUCGCGGGCGAGGUGGAGUGCGACGCCAGCAUCAUGGACGGCGAGGCGCUGCACUUUGCCGCCGUGGGGGCCCUGAAGCGUAUCAAGAACCCCGUUCUGGUGGCCAACAAGCUGCUGCUGGAGGGGAGCAAGGGCAAGCUAUCGGCCGGCCGUGUCCCACCAUGCUUCCUCGUGGGCGAGGGCGCGCUGGCCUGGGCGCUGGCGCACAGCAUCCCGACGUGCGCCGAGGAGUCGCUGGUGACGAAGCUGAGCGUCUCCGUCUUCAAGAGGAACAAGCGCAAGCUGGAGAUGGCAGAGGAAUCGCAGACUCUGCACAAGCGAAGGAGGCUGUCGGCGCAGGCGGAGGCCGCGGCGGCGGCGGCGCCGCUCGACACGGUCGGGGCGGUCGUGAUCGACGCCAGCGGGCACGUGGCGGCGGCCGUGUCGAGCGGCGGCCUGGCCAUGAAGCACCCGGGCCGCAUCGGCCAGGCGGCCAUGUACGCGUGCGGUUGCUGGGCGGAGGACGCGAGCGCCGCGAACUCGCACGCCACGGCCGUGAGCACGUCGGGCUGCGGGGAGCACCUCAUGAAAACCAUGCUGUCCCGCGAGUGCGCCCUCGCCAUGCAAGCCGAGGACGCCCACCAGGCCCUGCUGCACACCAUGCAGCACAAGUUCAUCAACUCUCCCUUCCUGGCCGGAGAGGACUGUGUCAUGGGCGGGGCCAUCGUGCUCCGGCACCAGAGCUGCAAAGAUCCGGGGGGCGAGUCGCAGCCCCCGCCGCCGAUGCUGGUGGAGUUUCUGUGGACGCACACGACUGACAGCAUGUGCGUCGGAUACAUGUCGACAGAGGACAGCAAGCCAAAGACCUCCAUCUCCAGGCUGCCUCCGGCUGCCGUCUCCGGCCGCUCUGUUGCCAUCGAAGGUGGUGUCUGCAGACUUGGCGGUCCGCCAUGCUAAACAAAGCACAGAGGUCUUUGUAAUUAAAGUGGAAUGUCCUCCCCAAUCAAGUGAGUUUGAGGGUGUGCUCAUAUUCAUUUAUAAGUUUAGCCGGAGCUGUCUCGGGCUAAACAAACUCUAGUAAAUAUAUCCCUGCCCUCCUUGCCUAACCCCCCCCCGCCCCCAACCAAUAAAAAUCCAUGAGAAAUAGCCAGUGGUGGAAAUUCCGUAUUACCAUGGAGGACAUGAGUCCUUCCUUAGGAUUACCACCUUGGUUCAUGUCCUAUGUUUUCCGAUGUUGUGACACAAUCACACAAUGGUACUUGUAGACCCCAGUGGUUGAGGGGUCAUGUUAACUCCACCCCAACUGGGUUUGAAUUCGCACACUUUUCCCGAUUGUGAAUUGCAAUCGUAUGACUGUCAAUGUAAAUCUUUAAUAUUGCUACCUUGAUCCACCUUUUUGUAAGCAUGGUUAGAAUUACCAAAACGCAUUGUAAAAGUGUUUCCAAAUGUAAAUGUAUAUUCUGCAAGUAAUGUAAAUAUUUUGUCACGCCGCAAAUGACAUUUUGUCUUUAAAUUAGUAACCCUAUGAAUUGUGCAAAGCACGCAUAUUCCACUUAUUUUUUUAAUCUACAUUUUCAGGUCAUACACAGUGUGGUUUGGAUUUCAACAUUAGUUCAUAUUAGCACCGUAGCUGAGUAGUUUUGAGUGUUUAAGUGUGUACUACUGGUUUUGCUGAAACACAAAGGAAAUUAUGAUAAAUUGAUAAGCGGAUGCUGCUAAGCGUAAACAAUUCACCUUUACCAAUAUCACCCGAAGGUGUAACCAAUGACGUGCAUGGCUGUGUUGUCUGAAGCUUGUGCGUGAUUGUAUUAACUUGAGCAAUACUUAAUGGUUUAAUUGACUAAAGUGAGGGUAUAAGGCUGGCUGUGCAAUGCAGAUAGGGUCAAAUCAAUGCAUAUAUGGUCAGUUGAAUGUAUGGCAUUUGGCAGGUUAUGGCAUUUCCACUUGCAGUAAUCUCGCGUGAUAAUGUGUUCAGAUUUAGAGCAGUUAACGAACGUUGUAAAGUGUUUUUUUUCUUCAAAGAAAGAGCACUUUGUCCAUUGUUCGCAGAUAUCAAAAUUAAACACAUGGGCCAUAGUUGAGGUGCGAAUGUUGCUGCUUUACACAUUUGUCAUCAAAUGAGUGAGUACGAAUAUGCCUACUGCAAUAUAUGCUGCUAAAAUAAACACUUGCUAUCUCAGCAGUGUUCUUA